AUGGCUGGUGCAGUUGUUGGUGGAGCUUUCCUCUCUGGCUUCAUUAACAUUGUCAUUAACAAGUGCCUUACAGAGGAUGCGGUCAACAAGGUGUUUGGCAAGAAGCUUGGUUCUGACUUGGUUGAAAGGCUGAAGACUGCUCUGUUGGGUGCUGAAGCUCUUGUUGCUGAUGCUGAGAUGAAGCAGUUUGGAAAUCUCAAUGUGAGGAAGUGGCUCGAUAGUCUCCGGGAUGCUGUUUACUGUGCUGAGGACUUGCUCGAUGCUGUCCUCCUCAAAGCCAGCACUCAAAAGAAUGCAAGUUUUUCCUGGUGGUCCCCUAGCUUCUUCAUCAACCAAGAUAGAGAUGACAUGGUAGACAAGAUUGAAGGGGUGGUUACAAGAAUUGAGGAUCUUGGAAAACAAAAAGAUUUCCUUGGUCUUGAAAAGAUUCUCACUGGUAGCUCAUCAUGGAGGACUCCAUCCAGUUCUCUUGUAAAAGAGAGUGUGUAUGGCAGGGAGGAUGACAAGAAGGCCUUAAUCAAGAUGCUGAAUGACAACAAUGAGCAUCACUUGUCUGUGAUUGCUAUUGUUGGCAUAGGUGGGGUUGGUAAAACAACUUUAUCCCAAUGGCUGUACAACAACGAGGAGUUUAUGAAGGGAUUUGAUCCGAAAGCAUGGGUUUGCGUUUCCGAGAAGUUUGAGGUUGUUGAGACUACAAGGAAUGUCAUAAAGCAGAUCCAUGGAGGUACUUGUAGUCUCGAUGAUUUCAAUUCACUUCACAAUGCUUUGAAAGAAGAAUUGUCCAAUAAGAAGUUCUUUAUUGUUCUUGAUGAUGUUUGGAGUGAUGAUGGUGACAAAUGGAGUAAUUUUAUGACCCCUUUCCAAUAUGGAAAUAAGGGAAGUAUUGUUCUGCUGACUACUCGGGAGGAAAAUGUUGCUUCCGCAGUUCAAAAUUGUCGGCCUUAUUUUCUCAAGAAGUUGUCGGAGGACUAUUGUUGGUCAGUGUUUGCAGAAAAUGCAUCUUUUCCAGAAUCAAAUGGGAGAGCAGCACUUGAAGAAAUAGGUAGAAAGAUUGUGAAGAAGUGUGAUGGUUUGCCAUUAGCUGCAGAAACACUUGGUCGCUUGUUAUGUACAAAGCACGAUGUUGAGGAAUGGAACAAGAUACUAAUGAGUGAUGUUUGGGGAUUUUCUGUGGAGAAGAGUAAGAUUAUUCCAGCAUUACUGAUAAGUUACUUCCAUCUUCCUCCACAUUUAAAGCGUUGUUUUGUCUAUUGUGCUUUAUUUCCCAAGGAUUAUAAAUUUGCGAAAGAUGAAUUAAUCCUUUUGUGGAUGGCAGAAGAUAUUUUACCACCACCAAAGAGAGGAGAGAGUUUAGAAGAAGUUGGUUGCGAGUGUUUUGAUGAACUAACUUCCAGAUUAUUUUUCACGAAGAGAGAAGGCUUUGGUCAUUAUUUUGUGAUGCAUGAUCUGUUGCAUGACUUAGCAAUAUUCCUUGCUGGAUAUUUCUAUUGCAACUCAGAAGAACUUGGUAAAGAAGAGGAGAUAAGGAUUCAGACUCGGCAUUUGUGUGUAGAUUUAAGUCAUUGUAGCUCAAAACUUUAUAAUUCUAUUUCUAAAGUAGAAUCGUUGAGAACAUUAUUAUUGUGUGGCAAUUUCUCAUCUCCCUACUUCAACAUUGAAACGGCAACAUGUGAGAUAUUAUCAAAGUGUAAAUACUUGAGAGUUUUAUCCUUUGAUAAACUUGAUGUGUUGCCUAAUUCAACAGGAGAAUUGAUCCAUCUGCGCCACUUGGAUCUCUCCUAUACUCGUAUAAAGACAUUGCCUGAGUCUUUGUGCAGCUUGUGUAAUUUGCAAACAUUGAAGUUACAUGGUUGUUAUGGGCUAACUAUGCUGCCUAGUGGUUUGCAUAAUCUUGUGAGUUUGCAGCAUCUUGAUAUUAGAGAAACUGCUUUGGAAGAAAUGCCCGGAAAAAUGAGCAAAUUGAAUCAAUUGCACGUUUUAAGUUACUUUGUCGUUGGCAAGCACGAAGACAAUGGAAUCCAGGAGUUUGGAGGGCUGGUAAAUCUUCACGGAUCCGUUGAGAUUAAGAAUUUGGAGAAUAUUGUUGAUGUGAAAGAAGCAAAGAGGGCAAAGAUAAUGGAUAUGAAGCACAUUGAUGAAUUAUGUUUGGAAUGGUCUUCAGGUGAUGAUCUGGUUUCAAGUACACAAACAGAAAGAGACAUGCUCGAUAACUUGCAACCGCAGAAUGGGUUGAAAGAGUUGAAAAUCAAGGGAUACAAGGGUACAAUAUUUCCAGAUUGGAUGGGACAUUGUUGCUACCAAAACAUGACAAGUGUAUAUCUAGAGUCUUGCAAGAAUUGCUGCAUGCUGCCUUCACUUGGGCAGCUGCCAUCUCUCAAGUCCCUAACCAUUGGAGGAUUCGAUCAGCUGAGGAGCAUUGGGGAGGAGUUUUACAAGAAUGAAGGAGAUCAUCAUUCUUCGCAUAUUGCACCGUUUCCCUCACUGGAGACUUUGGUAUUUUAUAACAUGGCAUGUUGGGAGGUGUGGCACGUAUCUGAGUCGGAAACUUUUCCUCAACUUAAGAAGCUUGAAAUAACAAAUUGUCCAAUGUUGAAGGAAGAGAUGCUUAAUCAGGUAUUCUUCAGAAUAGUUUCUUCUUUGUCGGAUGUUUCCAAAGUUCGCAAACUACAGAUAGGCGACUACUUUAUAGAAUGGGACACCGAGGCCAUGUUUCUUGAUGGGGAUACUUUAUCAAUUAGGGGAAGUGAAUCUGUGAUGGAGUCUUCCUUUAAGGCAAUGAUCAGCAUCAACCAUCUAACUUGCCUCCAACAAAUACACAUCUAUGAAUGUAGAAAACUAGAAUUUCCCCAUCUGCAGCAGCAGAAGUAUGAUUUGGUAGAGCUACUAAUACAACACAGCUGUGAUUCACUGACCUCCUUGUGGUUGGAGGUCUUUCCCAAUCUCAAGAAUUUGGAGAUCAUAAACUGUUGGAAUAUGGAAUCAAUCUCAAUGUCAGAAGCACCACAUGCUGCUCUUCAAUGGCUCUCCAUUGUUCUCUGCAAGAAAUUAGUGUCAUUUGCAGGAGAAGGACUGGCUGCACCCAACUUGACUCAUCUUCAAGUCAGAGAUUGUGAGAAGUUGGAGGCAUUACCACGUGACAUGAAGAGUCUACUCCCAAGUUUACAGUCUCUCCAGAUAUAUGGUUGCCCAAACAUUUGCAGGUUGCCAGAGGGUGGUUUGCCGCCUAACUUGAAAGAACUUGAAGUGGGAAUUGGGGAGCAACAAAUGAGGGAUCUAUCAUGGAUGGGCAACUUGCACGCCCUCACUCAUCUCAGUAUUUAUGGUUAUGAGUGUAAGAACAUAAAGUCAUACCCAGAGAUGGGUUCGCUGCCUCACCUUCCCUCCCUUACCACUCUACAUAUUAAAAACUUUGAUAAUCUGGAGACAUUGGAGUGCAACGAGCUUCUCCGCCUCACCUCCCUUCAACAACUACACAUUUAUUGGUGUCCAAAGCUGGAGAAUAUGGAAGGAGAAAAGCUGCCUCCCUCUCUCUUGCUACUCAAAAUUGAAGACUGUCCUUUGCUGCCCAAGCAUCAAUUAAUCUGGCCCAAAAUUUCCUACAUCCCAACCAUUGAAGUCGAUAGCAAAAAAAUUUCCUGA